UACGACGGCCUUGCCUCUACACGUUAUAAAUAUUCAUGCUCACAGUAGAUAAAAAUUAGUCCCUUGUUCUGUUUCUUCAGGUGUUGUCUGUUGUGAAAAUUUUCCACCGUUCUUUCUUCAAUCUUUAAUAUUUAAGUAUAGAAGCAUAUAAAGUUGCGAUAUAUAUUUUGAAUUUAUUUCAUUUUGGACCCCUUUAAAUUUCUGGAAAACCGGUAAUGACGUCAAUGGUGUAGUAACAUAAGCUGUCCUUAGACUUUCGAUAUGGAUAGGUAAACGGGAACGAAGGAAAAACUUAUUUAGAUGCUUUAGCUGUUAUUUAUAUACUUUGACUCCUUGGAUUAAAUGAGAUUCUUUUCAUCUAACAUUUAUCGUGGAUAUUCUGUCACUUAAUUAUGAGUUUCGAAAUUCCUACCGGUUUAACAGACUUACUGCAGGAUUUUACAGUUGCAGUGUUAAAAGAACGACCAAGUGAUUUAACUCAGUUUGCAGCUGAUUACUUCGUUAAACUAAAUGAAAAUAAAAAUAAUGACAGUUCAGUUAAAAAUGUGCGAUCAGGAGGAGUACGAUUCGCAGCGAGUCCACCCCCAGAGGAACCAAUGCAAACUGACAGCGACGACGAAGAACCAGAACCCCCGCCCAAUCUAAAUUCUCGAGGGACGAGAAGAGGAUCUGUAUUUGCUGCUCCAUAUAAUCCAGAAAGCGAUGACGAGUACGAAAAGAUUGUCCAUCCGAAGUCUGAUGUACAGAGACAAAGAUUGGCUGAGGCAGUGCGACACAUACUCCUGUUUCGAUCAUUGGAACCGGAACAGAUGCAAGAAGUUUUGGAUGCCAUGUUUGAGAAAAAGGUCGUAGAGGGAGACCAUGUGAUCGACCAAGGGGACGAUGGCGACAACUUCUAUGUUAUAGAAAGUGGUUACUUUGAUAUCAUUGUGAACAGCAAUAUUGUUGGAAAGUAUGAAAAUAAAGGCAGCUUUGGGGAGUUGGCGCUGAUGUACAACCAACCAAGGGCAGCAACUAUUGUAGCCACGUCAGAGGGCUCCCUGUGGGCAAUGGACAGAGAGACGUUUAGAAGAAUUGUAUUAAAGAAUGCCUACAACAAAAGGAAGAUGUAUGAGAACUUAUUAGAAAAUGUUCCAAUGUUAAAAACAUUAGAUAGUUAUGAAAGAAUGAAUGUAGCAGAUGCCCUACUUACCAGAAGUUUUGAGGAUGAAGAUAUUAUUAUAAAACAGGGUGAUGAAGCAGACUGUAUGUACUUCAUCGAGAAUGGAGAAGUUCGAGUCACCGUCAAGAAUCAGGACGAGGUUGAAGAAGCGAAAGACCCAGAGAGUAAAGAAGUGGAAGUCAAAAGAUACACGCAGGGAGGCUACUUUGGAGAGCUGGCCCUGGUCACUCACAAGGCACGAGCUGCCACUGCCUAUUCUGUAGGUAAAACAAAAUGUGCAGUGCUCGACGUACAGGCAUUUGAGCGCUUGCUAGGACCCUGUAUGGAUAUAAUGAAGAGAAACAUAGACCAAUACGAGGAACAGCUUAUUCAGGUAUUUGGCGACAAGGCCAGCAUUUCUGAUCUCCGCUGAGUGUGUGUGUCCCCGUCACAGACCACUAACAGACAGUAGCCCAUUUGACAUUUCUCUUUUAGUACAAUACCUGUGUGGUCCUCAUUUUGAACUCUACAGAUUUCUUGUAGUCUUAUGUACUCAUCAGAAAUAGAUAUUUAUUUUCAUCCUUUCUACUUUUUAAUUAAAUUUAUGUAUUUUAUCUGCUGUAGAUUCUGAACAUAUCUAGAUGAUCCAAUAUUGCAUUUGUACUUCCACAAGAUAUUUUUCAAAGCAUUUUCAAAGGUAUACCUUUUAAGAGUGCAAAUAUUUGCCUAGUCAUUUUGUUAUCUGUCAGGGAAAUUCAAAUAUUGAAUUCAUUUGAAAUAUGGAAGUUAAGGGGAUUAUAAGGACAUUGUGAAAUGAAGAUAUGGAUCAAUUUUACAUACAUUAUGAUAAUGUUCUGUGGGCUUCAGGGAUUCAAACAAAUAUUAGAUAGCAUGAAAAGGGCCAUAACUCAUUCAUUUCAUUAUAUUUCUUGAUGUGCUGCUAUUAUAUGGUAUCAAAUGAUAUUGAUCACAGAUAUAAUGAAAUACUGUUAUAUAAGUAUUGUGUUUUGUGACAGUAUAAAAGAUUUGUACAGGAAACACAAGAAAUUGAACAUGUAUAUUUGUGUAUGACGGUUGUACUUGUUUAACGUGGCAUUCUAAUAUGAAGUUAUGUUUACUUAAAUGUUGUCAAACCUUAUUAUAUCGGCUCAAAAUCAAACCAUUAUGCCACCCCUUUUUUUAUUUGAUUUUAGACAGUUAGAAUUGUACUUAUGUAAUAGAAAUAGAGUAGGAUAAUUAUAAAAUGAAAAGUUAAUCAUCUUUCUUAUUGAAAGCUAAUUACUUGAGCAAGCCAGAUCUUUCGAUCAAUUCUAACAGUCAGUGACUGCUCUACCACGUCCAAGUGGUGAAGGGGUAGUCAGUUUUUCUUGCCAAAAUUCAAAGUUCAAUACUCAAAGUUCAUUUUUCUGGGAACAGGAGAUAAUGUUCACAUGGUGUUAAGAAUAUUGAAAAAUCCUUGCAUUUAUUGAUCUGAAAUGUAUCUUUCACUGUCAAAGAUAAUAUUUUUUGUGUGCAGCUUUAAGUUUAUUUUUACCAAAAUAUUUUCUUUUUUGAAAUAGGAUAGAUGGUUUCUCCAAAUACAUAUGUAUAAUGUUGAUUUCUUCUCUGUAGAUCUAGUGGUAGAAGUCUCUAUAUAUAUUUAUAUUUUGAAAAGACUAGAAACACAUUGGUUGAAACAACAGUAUUAUGGAGGAGGAUGUGUGCAAUUAACAGCCUCCCAUCAUCAGAUUUUUAUGUUCUCAGAGAGAGGUGCACUGUGUAGGAAAAUGUACAAGUGCUUUAAUAUUAUAUAAAAUAUUUUCUUAUUUGUACACACAGUCCUGUAUAUAUCUUUGUCAUUCUUCCUUCAUAAAACAGCUUCUAAACCUAUCUGAAUGUAUUUUUUGAUUUAAUUGAUAUUUCAGCCAAUGACGGAUAUUUAAGAUUUGAUUUCAGUUAUGUUACAAUUUUAUUGUUGUUUUUUUUUUUAAUAUAUAUAUUAUUAUUUCUCUGUGUUUCAAUAUUUCAUUGAUUGUUUCAUAGUUUAUAAAUAAAAAAAAAACAUCCGUCA